AUGCGCACUUCUACUUUACUGAGCUGCCUCAUCACCUGGCUCGUUUCUGUUGUGUCUAUGGUGAAAUGUCACGACAACUAUAAAUGUAACCAUGGGGCCAUCAUUUCGGCAGAGCAAAUCACAAAUACUCUCACGCCACCAGGGAUAAAAACCAACAAUCUUGGUUUAUUAUUAAUUAAUAACGAAAGAAGACCCGUUUACUGGCGGGAAAUCUCAGUCGCGCCUGAGUAUCUCGCCAUAAAUGGUGAGACGCUCAGCUAUCGAGCGGUAUUUUAUGAUGGAGGAAUAUUAUUAGAUAUCCUAGAAAUCGAACAUUCUGAACCAGAGAAACAGAUAACUAAGUGUAUCAAAUUCGAGGGUGACAAGGUAGCGUCGGGAGGGUUACCGAGUGACUUGGGUAAUAUAUGA